UCACUGGUGACGUUAGUUCGCCUGCCCCAAACAAUACAACCCUCAUACGGAGCUUCAAACAAGGGCAGUGGUUUAACUUUUGACACAAGCUUAUAUUAUAAUAUUAGAAGCCUCGGUUUCAAGGGUAGCAUCACUAACUGACCAUGGAAACUAUGGAAAUGAAUGGAGGAACGGACCGUGACAGCGGAGGAGAGCUGCACUGCUGAUGAAGCUUCUGACUAUAUCCUCUGGACUCCUCGUCCAGCACGCUGGCGAGGACGGUCCGAUCCUCUCAACAUGAACCACUAUGCCAAUAAGAAGAGUGCAGCGGAGAGCAUGCUAGAUGUGGCCCUUCUCAUGGCUAACGCCUCCCAACUGAAGGCAGUGCUGGAGCAGGGGCCAGACUUCACCUUCUUCAUUCCCCUCAUCACACUCAUCAGCAUCUCCCUCUUCCUGCAGGUCCUGGUGGGAGUGCUGCUCAUCUUCAUAGUGAAGUGGAACCUUAAUGAUGAGAGCAAGCACUUCCAGCUUAAUGUAAUGGAGAACAUCACCACAGCACUAGUCUUCAUCAUAGUAGUAGUCAAUGUCUUCAUAACUGCAUUUGGUGUCCAGGGGCGUAACGUCACUACAUGAUUCAGAACCCAAGGGCCCACCUGUGAAUAGG